CUGAUUGUCUACAUGAAUAAGAUGUUCCUGAAGAAAGACUGGAUUUUACAUAGGACAUAAGAUAAAAGCAUUCGCAAAGCGUCGUACCGAUAAUCUGUAAUUGAAAAGCAGUAGCAUCAACAAAAAAUACAAAAUACAAAGAUGGAUAUGUCCAGCGGAAAAAAAUCUUCAAAAUCUACAAAAACCAAACUCCAGGAAAUUAUAACUUUUUGUGAGUGCUCCGGAAAGAAUGCAAAACAAUUAAUUCUCACGAGCAUUAGAGACAAGAUUGAUGAUCUUUCAGACAAUUUUGCGUUACUUAUAGAUGUCAUAUGGAUGUCUAUGAAAGGAAUUGAUAGCAAGGACGAUAAAUAUGUGAUUAUAGACAUCAUGAAAAUAUUAAGCCAGGUGCUUGAACUGUUAGGAUUCGCAUUUCCCAUUCUUAGUCUAGGUUCAUAUUUUGUAAGUCUGGUGGCUAUCUUUCUAAAAGUCAUAUUUGAACGCAUUGAUUUGAAGAAGAUGCUAAAGCCUGAAAUUUCGACAAAUGAUGCAAUACCACACGAAUUGGCAGGUUUAGCUGAAAGAUUGAGAGGAACUGCGAAUUUCAUCGAUGGAGUUGAUGAACAACAGCAUGUCACUGCAGCUACUUUACAAAGCUUGAUUUCUAAUGAUGGUAUACACAUUGGAGUAGAACUAUUAGGAAAUUUGAAAAGCCGCAUUAUGACUCUCAUGUCUGGUGGAAAAAAGGAUUGGUGUAUAUGCCUAGAGUUUUUGAAAAUGUUCGUGAGAAUUUCCACCUUGCGCCAUGCUCUUCUUUUUAGAAUGAUGACAUGUUUGGAAGCAAAAGAUUACAGUAGAUGUAUUGUCAGUGCAUUGCAGAAAUAUAUUGAUAUAGAAAAAAAAGAAAACCAAACUUUUUUGGCUUUUUUCUCAUCGCCAUCUCUAAAAAAUGUAGGUGUAUUAGCAUUUUUCAACCCUUCAGAUGAAAAAGAACUUUUAACAUAUCUAGAGCAGCUACAUCUGUCUUUUCAAGAUUUACAAUCAGUGUUGCAUGACCAAAUUUUUCUAAUCACGCCAGAAAUAAACCAGAAUGACCUUUUUGGAAGACCAACUGCCUCUGCUACUGUAAGAGCAAUGAAAAGUUCGACGAAUGUUCAGAACGUAAGAAUCAGAUUUAGAUUCAAGGCUAUUGAAAAUGAAUUCAAUCUUUUUUACAUCCAAUCCGAAUAUUCGGAUGAAUAUGUCUAUAUGAAAAAAAGUGGCUACUGCAAAUACAGCAAAUCAGUUCAAGGACAAGACAAUGCCAAGUGGCGAGUUAAUCUCGUACAGGACACAAAAGAGGAAGAGGGAACUCAUUCUUGUUUUACACUUUGUACCAAACAAUGGCCAGAGAAAUUUGUUUUCAUGGAAAAUACCUUUUUCAAAAACGCUAGAGGGCUAGGAAGAAAUUCAAAACCCAGUGUCGAAUGUUUGUUUACGCUGACUCCCCCGGGUGAGUCUCCAAUUUUUGUGCAAGUCGCAAAGCCAGGAUCACUGACAGUGACCGUCAAAGACGUGGAUGAAAAAGCAUCUGUCAAAACAUCAUUUUAUGAUACGGGAAAACAGACAAUAUCUUUUUUGGAAACAAUAAGGAAUUUUUUAAAAGAAAGAAAAAUAGAGGUAGAAAGGGAUAUCAGGAAAAUUAAAAAAUACAUCUGGGAAAACAAAGAGGAUCCAUUAAAUGCAAUUUUGGAAAGGGUCGCAGAAGCCCUAGUAAAAUUAGAAGGAGACAAGGUUACCGAAUCGGAAGUUUUAAUUGGGCUUGUGGAAAUGCUUUCAAUCAGUUUUGAACUUUUUCAAAAUCGAGAAUUUCUCUAUGCUUCCAUUCUUCGACAAGUACUAAGAAUAUGUGGUUUGGUCAUGAGUUGUUUUUGGCAGAUCAGCUACAUUGUUUCUUUCCAAAGCAGUUACCUGGAAAACGAUCAAAAAGUGGCCAUAGAUGAAACUAUUUCAAAAGUACAAAACUUCGCCUCUUACCUUCACGAAAUUGAAUGCGCCGCAAAUAUAUUUGAAAGAGACAUAGUCGAGAUGAAACGGAGUGGCGCCUUCUGCGAAGAAUUGUGUCAGACACAAUUCAGACACUGGACAGAAAAGAAUCCAAUGCUAAUCGGGACAUAUGCGAAGAUGAGCAUUUUACAACAAACCGUCCUUUGGCAAAUGUACGCUGUCGCAAAACAACCAGGUCAUAGCGACAAAAUUGCAAAUCAUUUGCACAGCAUAAUUUUUUUUCAAAAGGACAGGGACGUAAAUUUCUUUAAAAAAUAUAUUAAAGGGACAGAACCGGUGUUUGUCGGCAAGUAUUUAACUUGUUUAGGCUGUCAGUUACAGGUGCCCGUAUCAAGGAAUGUUGACAAAUUAACCAUGAUGCAGAAAAACAGAAGAAUGUCUCUGGUUUUUACUCCUCUCCUACAGGCAAUGCUCUUCAAACAUGCUGAUUAUAGAAACGAGAAAGAAAGAGAGUGGAAAGAAAAGACUGGAACAUAAGUUAUCAUUACAUGUUAUUUUUCAUUAACUCCAAAGAACAUAGUUUUAAACUAUAAUAUGAUUUUAUACCGCCGUAAGAUCUCUUCCAUUAUAACCUUGCAAAUUUAACUUGCGCAUUUGUAGCUUUCACAAUUCAAUUGAUGUGCGUGGGACUAUUUUGAACUAAUUUUAUAUAACAACAGGCCAUAUUAAUUUCAUGCCGAUUGUUGAUGUCCCCCGUAACCUAUAAUCAAGGGACGUAUACACGAUUUGAAAAAAAAAUGAUUUUUUUCUAUUGUUAUUGUAUAGAAUGGUUGAUAUGGGUUUUUUAAAUGCUUCAACAAAAUUGGUAUGUUAUACAAUGAGAUACAGUCGAGAUACAGAGAUUAUUUGUUUUUUUAUAAACAAAGUUCGAGUCUUGUUGUUGUGUACACAUGUGAUGUAGUUAUAUAAGAUUCAAUCAAUUCUUACUUUCUGUUGCUGUUGAUAUAACUUAUAAAUGGAAACACCGAACAGUCAAAUUUUUGCCAAACAUGAAAAAUGCCAAAAAAAAAAAAGUUUUAAAUUGAAAAAAUAUAAAACAUGAAGUAAAAUGUAUAAGUGGAUAAAAAUAGGCACAUACAAAGUUAACAUACACAUUGUCUAGCAUUACCUGUGGAUGGUUAAAAAGAUUCUUUACUGCGUCUGAUGACAUAAAGUUGCAAGAUCCGAUACUGUACUGGCAAUUGGAGUUUUUAAUGAGAAAAUACCUUCAAUCUUUUGAUUUGGUGUUUUUUUUUUGGAGAUUUGGAUGUAAAUACAAACAAUCAGCAAAAAUGAACAAAAGAGAUGAUCACCAAGCACUAGUGACAUCUUGAAUAAAACAUAAAUAACCAGAUUGAACGGAGAAGGGCUGAUCAUUACCGUCUUCUAUGACACAAAAUAAGUGAUUACUGAUGUUGGAUUGGCAAUGCGCAAUAUCAUAUGCUUGGACUGCAGUGUAGUUUAAGUCAGAUAUUCUGAGAUAUAAACAAACGCAAGGCGUUUUGCUGUAUUCAUGUUAACCCGUUUUUCUUAAACAAUUGGGUGGUUUUAUUUAUCUUAAAUAGGGUGCAUUUUAAGAUUAAACAGACUUCAGUAGGUUAAAUAUAUAGUGUAAUUAUUCAUUUGUUAAAUCCUUUUCAAAACAUUGACUUAAAAUAUACAUCUGUAUUGUUGGUUUUUGGGAUAUUAAAUUCCUCUGCUGACCGGUCACACCCGCCAUGUGCUCUUUGUCGUAAUCGAGGAAAAAACGUUAAAGUCCGUAGACAAUUAGGUGAAUAAUUUUGAUUUAACAAUUACUUUGGAAUCAUUAGAUUCCGUGGGGGUAAUUUUCGUGGAUUGCUUUAAUUUUACAGGUUCGUGGGGACGUAAUUUUGUGUAUUCGUUUGUAUCUUCAAAAGGAAAUGUUAUUUUAUUACCCAAUUUCAUUUAUUUUCAUUAAUGGUUGAAGUCCUUAUGAGUUGUAGAGACUUAUGCAAUAUAAAGAGAGGUUAUUAAUGUUGAUCAAGUCACAACCAGAACAUAGUCAGUAUCUUUGCUUGUUACUUUGGAAAAUGUGAAAUGGAGUCUGAACCAACCUUAUGUAUAUAUUAUCAUUCACUAAUUGCUAAUGUUUCUGCUUCUUAUUUUGCAACGUGAUUUAUAAAUGUACAAUUUUGAAAACGAUGCCAUAUAAAACAAGAUAUAUGAUUCACUUAGUUAAAAAAUCUUACACUGUAGUUUCAUCAAUAUUCGUUGAAUACCAAUUUUCGUGGAUUUCGUUAAGUUGAUCAACGAAAUUAAAUGUUUAUUGUAAUUCAAUUUCAACUUACAUUUUGUAUUGAUAGGAUUAUUGGCCACGAAUUUACGUAUCCUUGAACCUGUGAUUUUCAGAAAAUCCACGAAAAUAGAGACCCACGAAAAUUAAUGAAACCACAGAACUAUUUAUUUCAUAUUUUUGCAAUACAGAUUUACCAUAUUAUUUCUUCGAACAAUGAAACAAGGGUAAUUAAAAAAACAAAAACAAAACUACCACAUCUUUUGUGAUGAGCUGACUUACUUUUAAAUAAAAGCUUGUUCUUCUAAUCAAUUAACAAGUAAAAAAAGUCGUUUAUCAAAAUUAAUGCUCUUAGGUUGGUUAUUUUU